AUGCCUGAAUACUAUGGAGAAAAUUCUCAACUUUGCCUGCUGGCGAUGUUGCUAGACCUCAUUGGCUAGAUAUAAACUUCUGUACAUGUUACGUUUGUAUCACUUACCUUAUAAAGUGGUCUUUGCAGAUUUUAGUUGAAUUUUCAACACAAACAAAGUCUUAUUUAAUUACAAAAUUUGCGCUAAUUAUUUCUUCAUUUAAGUAUUGAGCUUCUAUUCUUAGAGUAUCUGUCAACGAAGUUCAUAACCUGCAUUAUCUUCCCCGAGCAUCAGCUCCGAGAGAGUCUCUUGUAGAAGACCGAACUCGAUGUCAUGCUGACCAUGUGGGUCAGGGACCAGAUCGUAUAACAACAGCAGCUGUUGCGAUUCUCAAAGCUGUACAGAGUUCUGAUGACAGGUAUGAUAUUUCUUAUUUCAUGGUGUAUUGGAGUCUGCUGUAUAUACAAUAAAAACAAUAUUCUUUGUGUGUUCUCCAUUCUAGUUCUUAAUUCGUGGUGUUUGUGCAAUGUACUACAGAUAUACACAUACUUGUACAGGCUCAAGCAAUAAUCUAAUUAAUCUUUGAGUUUUUUUACUUUCUCCUACCCCCAAGCAUCCCGCCUUUCACAUUGACAUUGUUGGACCAUUCUCUUUUCCUGUAUUGAAGAUAGUUUUCUGUUUCAUGGAAAUACUAAUUUUGUACUAUAUACAUGACUGAUUCCUUCAGUAUCAGCUAUUUCUAUGUCCCCUUGAUUCAUUGCUGUGUGGAAUUAUAGCUGCAAAUCAAGUACAGUUUAUGAAGUUGCACGCUUUUUUAUUUUAUUUGAAAGUAUUUUCACUUAUAGGUUCAGCAGCUUUUUUGGUUCAAACAGACGCGUGACUGACUUUCCUUUAUUUUAAUUACAGGACUGAAAAAGUAAAUCGUGAAGUAAAGGAUGUUGUCGCCUUUCAUGCUGGAGAUUUCUUUCGGGUUUCGCAAAUUCUUCAGUUGGAUUUACAUGAACCUCCAUUUUCACAGGUGAGGAAAGACAUUAUUACGUCUCUUUGCACUGAACCUCUUCAUUAUCAUAAUCUCAGCAUUAUGAAAUGUGUUUGAUUUUGGAAAACAUCUGGGGCCGGUUGUAUAAAGUUAACUAUAGUUAGUGGAAACGUCAUCCAAGAAGAAGCGCGUAUUUGAGAGUUAAUCACUAUUUAACUACAAAAUAGUGAUUAAAAAAGUGAUUAAGAGUUUUAUACAACCGGCCCCAGAUAUCGUCCGCAGCAUUUAGAAGGAAAACCUCACGAACCAUAAUAGACUUACCCGUCUUACAUUUAGGGGCCAUUCACAAAGGAUGUCCGGCCAAAUGAUGGAUUUUCAGACCCCCCUCCCCCCUUGUCCGGCAUUGUCCGAAUUAGUGGCCCCCCUCCCCCCGGACAUCCGCCAUGCCUCGCAAAAACUCACGCAACCUUGUAUAUGUCAAGAGUAAAAAGCUUUUUUUACUUUUAGAACUUUUUUAUAACUAUAAAUGUGAAUACAAAAACAUGUAAAUUACUAAUUAAAACAAAAUCUAGUAUUAACCGCAUAGUCAAAAUGCCAAUUUCACAAUGGGAGGGAGAGUUCAAAAUAGAGGAAAAAGAAAUUUGUUUUUGAAUUUUUUUAAAUUUCGAACAUCCGGAUUGCUAAAAAAACCCCUCCCCCCUAUGUCUGAGUUUGUCCUGAUUUUCCAAACCCCCCUCCCCCCCCCCUCGGCUCGGACAUCCUUUGUGAAUGGCCCCAAAGAGAUUUUGGUGGGAAAAUAAUGUACCUUAUUCUGCAUAUGCAGCAUUUUUAAAGUGUCGCAACCUAUCGAAACAUAAAACAUUCUGAUAUGCUCAUUAUCGUGAUAAUAAUAAUUUAAUAAAUUUAUUAACGAAAAAAUAAUGAACCAGCUUCUGUAAUAUUAUGAAUAAAUUGAAAAAUAAAAAUUUUAAUUUUAAUCGGAAUCCAUGACUGGUCACUGACAUUGAACCUCUGUAAUUGAAAAAUCUUUAACAUGUAACUAUGUAAGUUCAAGUUAAAAUUAUCCAUUUCAGGACAUUUUCAUACAUAUGCAGGGUGUUUCAAAAAGCCCCCAUGAAUGCUUUGUGCAUGGUAUUACCACGUGAGAUAUGUGAAGUUUCGGAGUUAGUGGAUAAAAUGGCUCAUAUUCUUAUUCUAUAAUGAAUCAUAUUCUUAUAAGCCAUUGAUAUUUGACGGAAGAAAACAACAAACCUUUGCUGUCUAGAAUCACGUGGUGACACCAAUAUUCUGGCUAGUCAAAGUCAAGAAUAUGUCAGCAUACUUUUGUUUUAGAAUUGGAUUUUCAAAGGGCAAUGCCGAAGUAGAAAUAUAGGUACCGAUGGUUUGUAAUCUCUAAACAUCACGAUUUCGUUUAUUGUCAAAAAUAAUUAAAAUGAAAUGUCUCUUAUUUAGUGUGUGGCUUGGGUAGACGAAGCAAAACUGAAUCAGUUAAGACGAGAAGGAAUCAGAUAUUCAAGAAUUCGACUCCAAGACAAUGAUAUUUAUUUUAUUCCUCGUAAUGUUAUUCAUCAGUUUCAAACCGUCUCGGCGUGUGGAAGUAUCGCGUGGCACCUCAGACACAAAAUGUACCACCGUCAAGAUGAUACUAAAGAAAUUUAA